CAUCAGAGAUGAGAAUGAGGAUUCAGGAGACUGGCAUCAGUAAUAACCAAGAGUCAGUGGAGGGAAGGUGUACUGCUGCAUUGUGCCAAGGAUUACUAUCAAUGUCAAAUAACGUGGAUUUAUUACUACAUAAACUAUUGAAGUGUUAAGAAGAUAAUCUCAAAGACAAUGAAGAGUGAUACGGAGAAAGGUUAAAGUGUUUCUUGUGAUUUAAAGACGGGAUAAAGUUAAAACAUGGCGGAGACAGACAACCAGGGGGUGACCAUGGAGGAGCAAUCCAUCGACGAUGCUAAGAAUCCUGGCCAACAGGAGUCAGCAUAUGGGUCGUUGGAGUCCAGUUCCCAGGGACCAUCACAAAAAAGUUACAGUGGCAGCAAGAGCCUUAACAGCGGGUCCAGUCACAGCAGUGGUUUUGGCGACAAUGCUGAUUUUAGUGAAAACAGGUUAAAGGAGGUUAAACACAAAGACCACAAACGGAAGAAGUUGAAGGAGAAGACUGAUAAACUACUGCUCAAGGAGAAGGCUGAGAAGUUUAUCAAGGAGGAGAAGAAGGAGAAGGAGAGAACAGGAGAACAUGACCCCAGACUGACCAGCGAAACAGCCAGCAGUAUUGCAACGGGUGUUGAGGAGAGCGCGUCAACGUUCAAUGGCGACGACCGCAAUGACCAGCCCACCCUUGUGUAUACUCAAGCUCUUAACUACAUCAGGAAGAUCAAGGAACGAUCCGCUGAACAAGGUGUCCCAUUCGCCAGUCGAGAGCUGAUACAGUUACCGCGGGACACUCACGAUGCGGCCGCCUUUCUCAAGAGUUUCAAGAGCGCUCGCGGCUUCACGGUUGCCAUCAGCGUUCAGGACGGUACAGUGCUCCAGGUCUCCCCAGCCAUCACUGACGUCCUAGGCUUCCCUAAGGACAUGCUCAUCGGACAGUCCUUCAUCGACUUUGUCUACCCGAAGGAUUCUAUCAACUUGUCGUCCAAAAUCAUCCACGGAUUGAAUAUGCCGUUCAGAACGGAGUCGCUCAAUGAUAACUACGGGACGUCGUUCUUCUGCCGUAUGAGGGUGUACCAUGGCCUCAACACUUCCGGCUUUGGAGUACGCAACAAACGCACCCAUUAUAAGCCCUGCAAGAUGGUCUUAAAAUUCCACGACGCUUCGUGUUCGGACGAGACGGCAUCCACCUACGGACCCAACUCCUCUCUUCUGCUGGCAGAAGUCAUCCCUAUAGAAAGCAUUUACGCAGUACCUGAAGAGACACCAGCCAUGGGCAGCUUUAGCAUAAGACACUCUGCAUCGUGCAACUUCUCCGAGUACGACCCAGAAGCCAUCCCCUACCUGGGUCAUCUGCCACAGGACCUCACUGGCAACUCUGUCUUUGACUGUUAUCAUCCUGAGGACCUGCCACUGCUCAAGGCUGUUUAUGAAGGAAUGGUGAGAGAACAAGGGAAGCCCCACAGAAGUAAACCCUACAGGUUCCGCACCUUCAACGGCAGUUACGUCACUUUACAGACCGAAUGGCUUUGUUUUGUUAACCCCUGGACCAAGAGAAUAGACUCCAUCAUCGGCCAACACAGAGUACUCAAGGGUCCCAGUGACAUCGCAAUAUUCUUAGACCCUGGAGAUAAGAUACAGUCUCCUCUACCCGAAGAAGUCAUGAAGGAGGCAAAGAAAGCACAAAAUGACAUACUGGAGUUGUUGGCAAAGCCAGUUGCUACGUACAAAGACCCAAGCAAAGAGCCGCAGGAGAUGAGGAGGAGGACGCUGGCUCACAUGAUGAGUUCCAUCGUGGACGAACUAGACAGCAUGGAGAAGAAAGGGAACAUUUAAGAAUCAAGUACGUGGAUUGAGGGUCAUGGCAAUUUGGGACAUCGACGUGCAAGUCCUUCCUGUCGCCGCUGUGAUGUCUGUCAACGAAUUUCGAGUGUGGUGUUUUAGGCUGAUAGUGACCCCAACUCUUUUGUCCAGAAAGGUCAGGAGAGUGUCAAUUCUUCAUCUGAGUCCCCUUCCAGUUAUGGCCAACUCAACUACUCAGAGACCAUACAUAGAUUCUUCAGAAGUCACCCAAAGACAGCUUCUUCUGACGAGAGCGGUGACAGCAAGAUGGAGGUGUCUCACUCGGGAAGCUUAGAUGGCAAGAGUAGCACCCAUCCAGCCUUUUCUUUGUGUGGUGGUUCAGGGAAUCACAAGCAGUCGCAGACGCUAUCACACUCACAGACUCUCUCACAGUCCCAGUCUGGGUCGGGUUCUGGCGAUAACUGUGACCACACCAGAAAGUCAGAAAGCACAGGAAACGGGAGCGGCAGCGGGGAAACGGGCAGGACAUCGAGCGCCGGACGUUCCUACUGCCACAUCCAACUAACGGAGGAAGUACUGUCAAAGCACAACGCUGACAUGCAGAAGAUCUUCAUGCAACGGCAGAAGACCGGAGGCAAGACUUACAAGGACAAGUGUAAAAUGAAAACAAAGAUGAAACAGAUGAAGAAGCCUUUUGAACGGGUAGGUGACUCAUAUAAAAAAAAUUAAAUGUUAACACUGAUGGUACACAAGCAACCGUUCCUUGCACCUUCUGCGGCCGAUUCUGGUUCUACCCUCAAGCCUCCCUCGGCGGAUGUGUGGAUGCAGGUGGAGAACAAACCUCACAUUCCCUCCUCAGGAUGUGGUGGAGCGCGUGUUGGGCCGAGUGCCGGUGGUAACUUAGCCACGCCAUCCUACUCGGGCAUCGUGCCAGGGUUUUACUUCCCCACCAGCACCCCCAGCAUGUCUCCCUUACCUCGAGUCGACUCCAUUAACGUGAAUCGGGCGCCCGGACCAACGCUCGUCAUGCCUCCGCAACAACCGGCCUUUAUUCAACCUCAAGCCCAUUCUCAAGAAAUCCAUGUCAACUACAUGCAAAUGGGCGGUGUUCCUGUACAUCCAUGGACGAACUCAGGCGUAGCAGUGCCUCUCCAGUACAUGAGUGCCAUUCCUGGGGUGAUGUACCAGACGGUGGCACCCCCACUCUUCAACGCUCCCCCACUUAUGUUUAAUGUAGUUUACCAGCACACGGCAGUUCAGUCGCCUCUGGGCCAAAUACCAAUUUUAGUUUCUGAUGGAGAGACUAGAGCCGACAGUGAACAUGAACUGCUAGAUCCUAACGCCCACUCCCUGAGGAACUGCAACAUCAAACGUUCCACCACUAACCUGCGCUCACCAGACUCCCAGGCUACGUCAGUUAAAGCAGAACCAGGAUCGGCGCGAGGCAGCACCACCGCCUCAGGCAAGAUCAUCAGCUCACACUCGCACAUCGAUGAAAGUAUACGCUCCUACGUCGAAGACACGACCAUGCUGUCACCAGGAUGUGUGCCAAAGGAUUCUGAGAUGAACCGUGACUCAUCACAGGUAUCGCAGUUUUCCCAGUCAACUAGUGUCCGGGCAGAAGCCGAGAGCAUAGGUUCACCGGGCAAGCAGGACAGACUGGCGGCUGAUGACCGUGAACAACAUCACGAAAAUUCGAGUGAUAUGGUGCUGUCUGGAACAAGCUCACCGUCUUCACUAAGGGAAUACAAGUCUACUGAUGAUAGCAUGCAAAAUAUAUCUGAAAAUUCAGAAAACAGUGAGGCCACCACGUCUGGGAUGAAGUGGAACACGCCUAGGUCCAAGUGUCAGCGUCCUGUGCUAAAUGACCCACCUUGGCUAGAGGACGUGAAGGUUACCCCAGAACUCCUGUACAAGUAUCAGAUGGAGACCAAGGAACUUGUUGAUGUUCUCAGACAAGAUAUGGACAUGCUCAAGAGAUUACGACAGCCUGCCUGGGUAGAUGACCAACUGUCUUCACUCUACAAUGAGCUCGAGUUGGAAGGGUCCAGCACAGACUUGCACCUAGAGGAAGGCAUCACAUCUUCCUCAGGAGAAGAUCAGGCUAGAACUUCCUUCCAGACUUCUCCAAGAAAAAAGAAGUCAUCUACCUACUUCAGCAAGAUGGCAAUGCUCCAUGAAGAAGAUGCCCCAAUGCCUCCCUCAGACCUGUGGACUGAGAGACAACACCAAGCACAUGACACCUCCAGCUCUUCAUCAUAGGUGCUGUAAACUUCAGCAAGUAGGUCAGGAAGUGAAGCCUUUUAAGAUUAACUGAAUGGUUGCCACUCAAGAUGUAUUGUUGGAGUUGAGAUAAUCAGGUAAGUGCUCAAUCUAGUUUAUAUCUUUUAACUACAUACGGCAAUAGGUGGCUGAAGGAUUUGGGAGAAAGUUGCAGAUAAAGUUUAAAAGACAAAUUAUCUUUUAUGUUUAUGUAUAUAAACAUUUAGGUGUAGAAGAAAAGAUGAGAAAUAAUGUAAGGGUGCCAACUACACACCCACACUCAGUCAGUCAGAUCUCAUUGUGACAAGAAUAAUGAUUUCUGCCCUUUUGAAGUUCUCAUCAAUACCUGUCAUUAUUUUAAUAACUUGGCAACUAGUUCAUGGUUCUCUUUGUCUGUUUUCCAAAACUGCUUGACUUGCCUUUAUAACUUACAAAGUAAUUGGGAACUUUGUAUCUUUGCUUACAGUAAAAACUCUUAAAUAGGAUUAAAAUGUACAUCUGAAAAUGUCUUCUGCCUUAUGUCAGAUUCAAAAAUAAAUCUUUUUGAUUGUA